AUGGAGUCUACGGACGUUGAAAUACGCUGGCGUCCUCUCCCUCCUCCGGAAGAGUCUAAGGCAUACCCGGGAUUUCAUCCAUCGGUCACCCUGUUGCCAGUGGGCCAUAAGCGAAGAGAAAACUCUCGAGCCCUUCAUGAGCCUAUGGUUUUUGAGCGAGAUCAAACCCUCUGCCUUCGUGACGGAACUAAGAUAUACGCCGAUAUUUAUCGUCCCGUCAAUGAGACUGCUGUACCAGCUAUCAUGGUUUGGGGCCCCUAUGGGAAAUCGGGCAGUGGAAACUUGAAUCUCAGCUCUUUCCCGCUACGAGUUGGUAUAGCAGAAAACCGACUCUCCGGCUAUGAGAGUUUCGAGGGCCCUGACCCUGCUGAAUGGGUCCCACGUGGCUAUGCUAUUGUCAACGUGGAUGCCAGAGGCGCGAUGGACUCAGAAGGAUCCAUGAGAUUCUGGGGUUCCGGCGACGGGAAAGACGGAUACGACGCUAUUGAGGAGAUUGCAGCUCUACCAUGGUGCAAUGGCAAAGUAGCCAUGCUAGGAAACUCCUGGCUGGCCAUAUCGCAGUGGUUUAUUGCUGCUGAAAGACCGCCACAUCUGGCUUGUAUCGCUCCUCUUGAAGGCGUUAGUGAUCCGCUUCGGGAGCAGUUUCGUCGAGGGGGAAUUCCCGAGUUGCAAUUUUGGAACGCGUUAUCAGGUCUUCUGUGCGGCCGCAAUGAGGUGGAAGAUAUCGUGACAAUGGCGGAGGAGUCGGUCCUUACGAAUUCUUACUGGGAGGAUAAAAGAGCAAAACUGGACCAAAUUGAGGUCCCUGCCUACAUUUUGGCCAGCUAUUCAACUAUGCUUCACACUCUAGGAUCUUUCCGAGGAUAUGAAGAAAUUCCUCAUGAUAAGAAAUGGCUUGUGAUCCACGGCACCCAGGAAUGGUACGACUUGUACUCUCCGGAGAGAAUUCAGGAAUUAGCCGCUUUCUUUGACUGCUAUACUAAAGCCCAUAAUAAUUGGGAGAGUACACCGCGUGUGCGCGCUACUGUACUUCCAUUCAACCAGCCGGCACUGACUGAUAUUCCUUUCGAGGAACCUUUCUGGCCUCAUUGCCAGACUGAAGUCAAAAGAUUGUUUUUGAACUCAGAAGGCCGUUUGACAGAGGCUCAGCCCCAAGAGCCAGGUCAAUCGGUCUACCAAGCCGAUUUUGCGCCAAUUUGGCAAAGGGAUAACGACUCAGGAGAAAUACAGUUUUCAUUCACAUUCCCUCGGCGCACAACUAUUCUCGGCCCGUCGCGCGCUGUCAUUUAUGUUGAAACAAAGAACGGACCAGAUAUGGAUAUAUACGUGCAUCUAAGAAAAGCAGACCGGAAUGGAAAGCCUCUACAGCAUGUCAAUAUACCACUCCAUGAUUUGGGGGUCGCCUCUGCAGAAGAAGCUCCUUUGACAAAUCCAAUGAAGUAUUUUGGUCCACAUGGUAUCUUGAGGGCAUCUUACCGAGAUGUCGCGGAAGAACUAUCGAAACCCCACUGGAAAACGCUCUCGCAUAGGAAGCAGUUGCCGAUAAAGGUGGGAGAGCCAAUGCGAUUGGAGAUUGAGAUCUGGCCCACGGGCAUGUUGUUUGAACCGGGCGAACAACUGGUCAUGAAGGUCUCGGGCCAUUUCAUGGCACCUGCCGAGUUUGAAGCCCUGCAGGGAACUUUCCCUUAUCUGGCAGACAUCUGA